CUAGCAUGAACAUUUCCAGUCACUGUACAAAGGUCCAAAAGGAGAAUGAGCAAUGGAAAUUAAAGUUGGGUGCUGAAUAAAAUGAGUGAGGGGCAAAUUAUUGCAACUUGCAUUGGUCGUCAGGAGUUUUUUCUCAGAAGGACAGACAGAUCCAGGCCGGGUCUCUGUGAAUAAAAUGAUGUGGACUUUGAUUCUUCUGAUUGGUUUUCUACCUGUUUCAGGUGCAUUGUGGGCAGAGAAAUAUGUAAGAGGAGUUGUGGGAAGAGCGAUUACAAUCCAUUGUCACUAUGAAGCAAAGUACCACUCACGCACAAAGUAUUGGUGUCAUGGAUGGACUCAUCAAUGUUCAGUUUUAAUGGAAACAAAUGGGCAACACAGACGGAGUGGACGAGCAUCAAUCACAGAUAACCCAGAAUGGGAAAUAUUUACUGUUACUGUGGAGGAUCUUCACUCUGGAGAUACAGGAUGGUACAGCUGUGGGAUUUCAACACCAGGUCAUGAUCCGAUAUUUAAUGUACAUUUACAAGUAUCUGAUGAAACUGUGUCUGUCCCUGUGCUUCGAAAUCUGUCACCAGCAAAUGUCUCCCAUCUCGGUGGCUCCGUGUUAGUGUCCUGUGAAUCUCUCCAGGGAUCCCUUCCCAUUCAGUACUCAUGGUAUGAACAAACCUCAUCUGGGGAUCAAAUGAUCUCAGACACCAAUGAACUGGUUCUACCUUGUCAAUCCUUAGACCUCCAAGCCCAUCAAUAUUACUGCAAAGCCUCAAAUAGGCUUGGAAUAAAAUCCAGCGGAAUGCUAAAUGUGACAAUCUUCAACAGCAGAGAGAUCUGCGGAUAUGUGACAAGAAUUAAUGGCACCAUUUCAGGUGCUUUAUGGGCAGAAGAUAAAGUAAGAGGAGUUGUGGGAAGAACGGUCACAAUUGAUUGUCACUAUGCACCAAUGUACCGUUCACACACAAAGUAUUGGUGCCGCAUGUGGGAUCACCAAUGCACAUCGUUAGUGGAUACAAAUGGGACAAAUGAGCAGUAUGGAAAAAUGGCAAUCAGAGAUAACACAACCCAGGGAAUAUUUACUGUUACUAUGGAGAAUCUCGUCUCUCAAGAUACAGGACUUUACAGAUGUGGAAUUACAACAUCUGGCAAUCAUCCAGUGUUUGAUGUGCAUCUACACGUGUCUGAUGAACCGGUGUCUGUUCCUGUGCUUCAAUUUCUGUCUCCUGCAAAUGUCUCGUGUGUUGAGGGCUCCGUGUCAGUGUCCUGUGAGUCUGUCCAGGGAUCCCUUCCCAUUCAAUACACAUGGUAUGAAAACACAUCAUCUGUGAUCUCUGUCACCAGUAAACUGGAUCUACAUUGUCAAUCCUUCAACUACCAACACCAUCAAUAUUACUGCACAGCCUCGAAUACUUGUGGAGCAAAGUCUAGUGAAAUAGUGAACGUGUCCAUCUACAACAGGGAAGGCAAUUGCAGUUUUGUGAUUCAAAUCACUGGCACUGGACGUGAAUAUUCAUGUGAAACAUUUACGACAGUAUCAACUGUAAGUUUCAUGAUAUGGAAGGUUGGUCGUUGGCUGCUCUUCGCUCUGCUGCUGACCUGCACUAUUUCAGUCUCAUGGUUCACAAGACAAAUUAAGAGACACAAUGAAUCAGAUCCUCACAGACUGGUCCAUAAGGAGGGAAGAGAGAAAGAGACACGGCAUGAACAUUUCCAGUCACAGUACAGAGGUCUUAAAGGAGAACAAGGAAUGGAAAUAAAAGCUGGGUGCUGAACAAGAUGAGUGUGCUGCAAAUUACUGCAACUUGCAUCGGUCAUCAGGACAUGAAUCUGCAAAUACAAGGUGUAACUUUUCUCAGUACUGAUCUGUGACUGUAACCCAUGAAUGGACA